AUGGGUCGUGGAGUUAGUGCAGGUGGAGGCCAGAGUUCUUUGGGAUAUCUUUUCGGGAGCGGUGAGGCACCAAAACCAGCCGUUAACAAUGCUCCUUCAGCUGAAACUCAGCCUUCUCCUACUCCUCCGUCUCCGACAAAACCUGCUCCAAAACCUGUUGAUAUCACCAAACAAGGUCCAGCUGGUCUCAAUAGCAACUCUGCAAACAACUACAUGCGCGCAGAGGGACAGAACACAGGCAACUUCAUUACGGACCGGCCUUCGACCAAGGUUCACUCAGCUCCAGGUGGUGGUUCGUCUUUGGAUUACCUCUUUGGUGGUGGUAGCAACUAG